AUGCUUUUAAACCGAGUUUUUGGUGCACAGAGUGGAGGUUUAAGAGCGGCACUUUUAGCGAAAAUGGCAGGCUAUGGUGGAGCUGCAGACGGAACAGCCUAUAACCCUCAAAGUCAAAUGAAUUUGAGUUCACUCAAAAAUCAAAUAGCAGAUGUCAAAAAGUCAAACAUAGACAUACAGAAGCAAAUAAGUGAAAACGAAAAGAAACUAGAAUAUGACAGACAGACAAAGAAACUAAAUGAGUUAAACGUAGAGAAAAAGAAGAAAGAAGAACAACUGAAAGAACUAAGUACAGAGCAAUAUGCAAAAAAAGUGUCAGAAAAAGCAGCAGAAGUAGCAAAAAUGGAACAAGAUGUUGUAAAUUUGAAAAACCAUACUACUCAAUAUAAAGUACUGAAAGAUGAAGAGAUAAAACAAAAAGCCCUGAAGACAUAUAUGGAUAGCGAUGAGUAUAAAAAAGAAGUUGAAGCAAAUGUAAAGGCAGAAAAACUUUUACAGUUGCAAAACCAAACCGUACAGUAUGAAAACUUAGCACAAGAAAGUAAAAAUGACGACGCGGCUAUGCAAAAGGCAAUGAAAAGCGCAGAAUAUAUAAAAGCUAACAAUGACUGGUUAGAUGCCCAAGCCAACGCUAAAGCAGCCCAGCUUAUAGGGUCAAUAAGGACAAAAAUACAAGCGGAUGAAGACAGUUCAAAUGAAGCUUUAAUGAAUGCUGACUUUAAGAACGCCUUCGAAGCUCUUCAUAGUAAGGUGAAACUAGUGAACGACUUCUCAUCUGGAAAGAAACUGAAGUCUGAAGGUUUCGACAAAGAGUUAAAAGAAGUAGCACAAAAUAUGACGAAAAUAACAGAUGCAGCAACGAGACAGGCAGUUCAAA